GUGGUUUCGAAACCGUUCAUGGAACGGUUUUUUGACGUGUUGGAACAGACCUAAUACUGAUAUGAAGAACAUAUCAUAUAUAUCGAUAUUUCGCCCUACUCUUAUUGAAAUUCAGAGAUCCAUAUUUUCCGGUUGAUUGUUAUUGUUUAUUUGUUUGUUAAUUAUUUCUAUAAUUAUAAAUUAAUAUUUAAACUGAUGGCUCUCCUAAACUGAUAGUUUAGUUUAGUUUUCCUCUUAAUUUUAUACUUUGAACAUUUACCAGUUACCAAAAAUAGCUACAGGCAGCUCUAUUCAACUCAGCUCAAAUAUUUUCAAAUUUAGAGAAUAUGGAGCAAUGUAGACUUUGCUUGACUUCAACAAAUCAAAGAAUUUGUGUAACAGACAAUUUAGAACUUAUUGAAAAAAUAAAGGAAGUUGCUACUAUUGAGAUAACCGUAGAAGACAGACACACAAAAUUCGUUUGCCUUCAAUGUAUAAGAAAAAUAGAAAAUUGGCACGCUUUCAAAGUGCUUUGCCUAAACUCAAAAACAUUCUUAGAAUCUAUAUCUAACAUAGAAGAGAAUCGUAUUGAUGCAAUAUCCCUAUCAUCAAACAAUGAAAAAACUGAUCAAUUAACUGACACUGACGAUCAAGAUUCAAUUGAAAUUAAAGAGGUACAACUCCAAGCAAUAAUAGAAAAAAGUGAGGAAAAAAGUCAGCUUUACACUUGUGAUUUUUGCAAUCGAGAAUUCGAUUACUUUUUGGAUUAUUUGGAUCAUCAAGAAACACAUGACGGUCAAACGACGUGGUCCUGCACAAAGUGCAAAGAGACCUUCACUAACAGAAUUGAUCUUCACUAUCAUGAAAAGAACCAUAAAUUUCCUUGUCAGAUUUGUGGGACUUUAGUACUACCUCAGAGCAUGAAAUUGCAUUUGAAUAUGCAUACUGAUAGAUUCAAAUGCAAAUUGUGUGAUAUGAAAUUCACUUGUGCCUCACUACUACGAACACACAUCGAUAUAAGGCACAAGAAUUUGAAAAAUUAUUUUUGUGAAACUUGUGGGAAAAACUUUGGCACGAAAACUUCUCUAACCUUGCACGCCAAAACCCAUAGUGACAAAAAGGAAUACAAAUGUGAUGAGUGCAGUUACGCAGGCAAAACUUCCAUAGGGCUCAGAAUUCACAUUUCAAAACACGAAAAGGGUACUUAUAUUUGUGAAUAUUGCUCCAGCGUGUUCAAGAGCAAUCGAAAUUUGAAGGAUCAUUUACGCAGAGUUCAUCAAGACAGGAAAUACGCUUGCGAUAUUUGCUCGAUGCGAUUUGGUUUAAGGUAUUUGGUAGAGCAACACAAAAGAACACACACAGGAAUUCAGCCUUAUAGUUGUGGAAAAUGCGACAAGUCUUUUGCUAGAUCUGAUGGGCUAAAAGAACAUCAGCAAAUCCAUGGAAGAAGGGAGACUUUUAAAUGUGAACCAUGUGCAAAAGAAUUUAAAACAAAACGAGGUUUAAGAAGGCAUAAUUGUACUUUAGGUGAAUAAAGAAAAUAAAACACACAUUUAUUGGUAAAGUUUUAUUAAAGAGAUCACAAUUUACAAAAUAAUACUAAUUUAACAAGUCCCUUACAUUAUAAAGUGUAAUAAAUUAUUUACAGUGUAAAAACUAAAAAAUAAUUAAUUAGUAACUGUGCAUAUUUUUGGCAAAAUUUUAAAUUUGCCAUUCAAAUAAAAUAUGAAAUUUCAACUAAAUAUAUUAAUAUUUAAAUAACACUACACACCUGCACCGGUUUCAUUUAUAACUUUUGUCUAGGGAGCAGUUUAAAAUUGAUAUAAAAUACUCGAUAAUAGUAUAUUACAAUCCGAGACGAGAAAUGCUUCAUUGCUGAUCGAGAGGUUAUAUAGUUUAUCGAGACGCGUAGCGUCGAGAUAAAAUGAACCUCGAGACAGCAAUGAAGUUUGCCGUCGAGGUUUGUAUACUAUUUUAUUUUUAACCAUAAUUUCUUUCUCAAAUAAAUGAGGACGGGAAAUAUUUCCCUGCUCCAUUUUCCGUCCGUGGACGGGAAAUGAGGACGGAAAAAAUUUCCCGUCCUGGGAUAGGUAAUGGAUUAGGAAAGUGGAAAGACAGAAAUGUGACAUUUUCAAAUUUUUGAAAAGUCAGUAAUGACAACAUUUCAUAUAUAGUUAAAAAUAAAAUAUAUUGAAAUGAUACUAGAUUUAUUUGGGAGAAAAAUCAAUUGCAAAACCAAACAAAAAUUAAUCAAAUUUCAGAUUAGGAAUGGGAUAUUAAUGUAAGCUGCUCCUUAGACAAAAGUUGAAUUAAAUUAUAUCCAAAAGACAAAAAAACAAAAAUUAAUUAUUACUUUUAUCCAAAAAAUAUGGCCUGUACUUUUCCUUAGACUUGACAUCAGCCUCAUCCUUGUCAGUCUGUUUAGUAAAAUUCCCAUAUUGCCUAUAGGGACUUGGAAUUGUUGCAUAGUUUAUAUGCACCAGUUUUGUAUCCAAAACUUCGCAAUCGAUUUGCAUCAAUGGGAAAUACGUUUGGGUUGAUGUGUCUGUUGAAUAAACCAAAUAUUUACCAGAUUCUUGUCUGAGUCAUACAAUAACUUACCAUUAGGAAACACAAAAGGCAUAAGUAGUGACAUCUUGGGGCGUCUAGUCUUAUUGUGAUGCAAAGCUGGUAGAAGCAUAUGCUGAUCGCUGAAAGAUACAACAUAAAAAGUAUCACCUUGUCUAUUGAUUGCAUCAAAAAAGUCAGAAUAAAGAACAUCUUCUUUUGGGCUAAAAACUUGAAUCUCAUUUCUGGCUUCAUUAUCUGGCCCAAAUCUUUCCUGCUUUUUUAUUUGAGCCAAGGACAUGUCAAGUCUCAAUUUCUUUCUUUUCAUCUUAUUUAUAUUAGGUUUUGGUUUUGUUGGAGGAGGAGCAGGAAUGUC